CAAGUGUGGGUGUGAUGAGGAGGAGGGGGGUGAAGCCGAGCGGAAAGGCGAGGCUUUGACGGGUGGGACGGCUACGGUGAAGCAGGAGGAGACGGGGGAGGCGGUGAAGGACACGGAGACGGAGACGGAGAAGGAAGAGGUGAAGGAGGUUCAGACAGAGGAGCCAGUUGUCAAGAGUGAGCAACAAGAAGCCAAGGAGCACCUGGAAAACAUGGAGGUUGAGACGGAGGGGUUAACGGCGGGAGGAUAGUCCGUGAUCACGUCCAGGUCCGGCGUUAUGCAUGCAUUGUCACGAACACUAAACAUCAGCGAGCAUCAAUACUCUUGGUUGAGGGAAGCAGCGAUAGCUCUCGCGUUUGUGUUCCCACGGGUCUGGUGCCUGGAUCCAAAUCUCUCACGCCACGUCCAGCUGCCUCUCACCGCGCACACACCCCUGAACCCCCCUAUCCUGCUAUUCUGCUAUUCUGCUAUUCUGCUACUUGACCGAACAACUACUCGUAUGCCGACGUCAGAUACCUCGCCUCUUGCAUCCUUGCUUGCGCAUUUAGAGAAGUCACCGGGACGUGGACGGGGGAAACGGGGCGCCGCUCCCGCUGCUGUUCCGGACGUAUUGGUUGACGGCGUCUUUGAGUACCUCGAUGAUGUCGAGACCUUGACCGACGCGGACCGCACCGCCGCGCAGCAUUUAUUCCAGGUACUGGGGAAGGAAGAAAGGGGAUAUGAUUUGGAGGCGAUUGUUGUCGAAGUGGUGAUAAAGACGUGUUUGAAGAUGGAGAAUGCGAUGGCUGGGUGGGAGAUUGUACUGAGAUGGGCAGACUUGAACUUCGACAACGGCAAUCGCAAGUUAAGCAUCGAUGACACCACCCUCCUCGCCCUCUUCCCUCCUCUCACGGCCGCAAUUCCUAUCCAAACUCCACGCGUCAUCGUUCACAUCCUAAACUCCCUCAUGCGCUCCUCCGCAAAGAUGAAAGAACGCGUUCUUCGCCUCACGCUUCGCACACACUGCCCUAGAAUUGGCUCUAUCGUCGCCGUAGGCGCCGACUAUAUGCUUCAAGAAGCGUGUCUCCGCUUCGUGAUAAGCGUGAUUCCAUCGAACCGUGCACAAGCAGAGAAGAUUGUGCGGUGUUUCUGGCCGAACCCCGUAUUAGCGGAUGACUUGGAACAAGCCUUGAUCGAGGAGAGGGCUGGUUUGCACGUCUUGGACUGGCUUGCUUGUCUUAAUCAGACGCGUGGGGAGGAGGCACCAUUGAGCGUUGAGGUUACUUAUGUUCAGCUGGACGGUGAGACGGCGCAGCCUGAACCUACUCAGAGCGGACAGUGGAUACAUUUGAGUCAUGAUGGUAUCUGCACGCAUAUGUUCGAGGAGGGGAGACUCGUUAUCUUGGACGUUGCAUACGACCAGGUUGAUGAGAUUUCUGCAUUCAAUCGUGCAUCUUCGACCUUCAACCUGAAGCUUUCUGGUGCUACCAUCGACUUCGUUCUUGAGCCCGUCGAGACUCUCUCCUUUCAGCUCGGCAUUUCUGACUCGCAAGGAGAGGAUGUCGGUCCUAAAGUCUUGCAACGCAUCGAACUCGGUCGUGCUCGCUUCUCCAAGGAGAAGAAGAGGUCAAAGACAAGUAUGCCUACCAAAGCCAUCCCCUCCGGCAUCGCCUUGGAGGAAGCAAAGACGAUGGAGCAGAAAGCUGUGGAAGCCUCACAACGUCUCAAAGUUGUCGAGGAAGGCGUUCGUUCGUCUCCGUCGUACUCCUCGCAGAAAAGUCUUCAUUCUAAGGAAGACGCGGAGAAGGAGUAUGAUAGUGAUGCGAUGAGUGACCUCACUGAGCUUCCGUCACAGACGCCGAUCAGAGAUAUGACUCCCGCACAACCUGAGCCCGUCACUGCUCCCGUUCAGGGAGCUCAGGGUCCGAAGCAAGUUCCCCGGAUGUCCUCUCAAGUCGCCCGUGCCUUCUCCGAUAUUUGGAACUCACCCAAGGAUGCUCCACAGCUUCCCAAAAAGGCACCUGCUGCAGUUCCGAUGGUGAGGGACGGUGAUAUGAUGAAGCCUCCCGUCGGAAAACCUGGUGCGAAGAAGAAGUUCGAGCCGCUGAGGCCGAAGGAGAAGGCACAGAAGCCGGAGAUUGCUCAAGGGAAGGACAUUUUUGACUUUCCUGAGGACGACGACGCUGAGGAGGAACCCGUCAAGAAGCCCUCGGCGAAGAAAGAAGUUCCUGCGAAGAAGGCGGUGACGAAGGCGAAAGCUGUGCAGAAGGCUGCUGAGGACGAAGACCUGUAUGACCUCCCGCCCGGGGCUGAAGCGGAGGCGAUCAAGAAGACAACUAGAAGACCGGACCAACUACAGUCGAAGGCUGCAGCCAAACCUGCUCCAAAAAAACCUGUAGCGACCCAGAAAGAUGUUUACGAUCUCCCUGACGACAAUGGCUCAGAAGUCGGCGACGAAGAGGCUGUCGUCACCACCUGGUCCAAAUCGAAGUCCAAGACCCCUGGUUCUCGCGCUCCGGUCAAGACUUUCGCAUCGUCCAAGAAGGAGGCGCAGUUAGCUCGACGUUUGUCUAUGGAAGAUGAACAGGAAGAUGAGGGCUCGCUGACGGAUUACGAUGACAUGCCCGGUCUCCCGAAAGCUAAGGCGAAGGGAAAGGCGUCGCUGAAGGAAGCCAGGAAGCCUGCUGCAGCGACCAAGAAGCCCACAGCCAAAGGAAAGAAAGUCGUGGAUGAGUCGGAGGCGGAGAUCUCAGAGCCUGUCCCGGCCCCGAAGAAGACCGCAAUGAAGCCAGCCAAGGGUAACACAAGAAAGAGUGCGCCGGCUGACCUCGAACGCGUGGUCGCAGAGAGUCGCAAAGCCCGUGCCACGAAGGCCGCUGCACAUGCUGACGCUUCCGAAGCUGAAAAUGAAGUCGAAGCAGAGCUCGAGGAGAAGAGAGUGUUACCUCGUCGUGGCGCGAAGGCUGUUACUGAGAAGAAGAUGAAGGAGCAACUGAAGCCGACGCAGGAAGAUGGCACGUCUGCGGACACGAUGGUCGCCGACGAAGGCCUUAUUGUCUUGGAGGCGGCGCAGAAGGUAACAGGGCGUGGGAUAAUCCUUGAGGACGAAUCGGACAUGAGCAUGUCCGAGGCUGAGGGGCCGGUGAAGGCCGCCAAGAAAGCGCCAGUAAAACCAACAGCUGCCAACAAAUCAGCCCGUAAAGGUCGUCUCGUGGUGGAUUCAUCUGACGAUGACUCCAUGUCAGAAGACAACGGCACCCCCAGCCCUCAACCCAAGAAACCCGUACGCGUUCAGGCAGCCAGUCAUCCGUCAGCCCACCUCAUCGACGAACGUCUCUUCCGCAAACCGAACGUCAUCGCCUGGGGUAAAGAAGGCCCUCUAAACUCUGGGCCCGCUACAGCGAAGAAGAGGGGAUUGCAGGAGGAGAAGCGUGAGCGUGAUGUGAAGAAGAGUAAGUUCGUGGAGGAUGUGGAGGAGGAUGGGGCGCCGGAGGUUAUGGAGUAUGAAGAGGCGGAGCACAAUAUGACGAAGAUGAGUCAGAUGACUGCGAUUCGAAGCAACGGCUCCCCCGUCCCACUUGCCGAUGCUGGUCGCAUGAUGGGUGGUCGCGAGGACUUGGGCAGUACGGACGUGAUCCUAGGCUCGAACAGGACCGACGAGAUGUUCGCCAUGAGCAACAUCAAUCUCGCCAGGGACGAGCCCGCGUUCCGAAAGCCCUUGGCUGCUGCUGCCGUAGCGGCGGCUGCUAAGUUCAAGCCUGCGGAAGCGAAGAAAGAUGCUGUGGGAAAGAAGACGAAGGAGAACAAUGCGGCGAGGGCGUGGGAUGGCAAGGAAAUUUCUGCUUUCCAUGCAGUUCCACAAAAACCCCCAACCAAGAGGAAAGCCCAGGAAAGCUCUUUUUACCACCUCCUUCAACGACAAGGAAUCCUCAACACCUCUUCAGGCGACCAAACCCUCGUUGGACCUUCAUCGUCUAUCUCGUCCGCGAGCAGUGUUGAUGAAGAUGACUCUAUGGACGAUGCUAGUGAAGUGAUGAGCGAGAGUGAAGACGAAGUCGAGGUUAGCUGGAGGAAAAGUCUGCCGGAGCAUCAUAAAACGACGCUCGCGUUAUUGGGGGAGAUAAACAAGGUUCGAUCACCACCCAAAGGGGUUGUUGAAGUGUACUGAUGACUCUUUCGAACAGGCUCUCGUCAAACGCAUGCAAGAACAAGAAGUCACUCUCCAUUCCACCAUCACCUCUUUCGACACUGAAGCAGCACAAUUCACGACCGUCAUGGACAGCGCGCGUCAGUCCGACUACGCCAACCUCCACAACACCCUCCGCACCGGCAAGAACAAGAUCAGCAAACAUAUGGAUGGAGUUAGGGAAGUCGCUGGCGAGGGAAUCGGGUAUGACGUCGCUGCUCGGUUGAAGGAGUUGAGGGAGAGGAAUGCGGAGAGGGGAAGGAUUGUUUCGGGCAGGUUGAAGG